AUGAUCACUGCCGAUCCUCCUCGUAUAGCGAGCGAGACCACGCCUCUGGUCCCUGUAGGCGUCUCGAAAAAGCCCAAAACCCCUCUUCCCAAAUUCCAGAUAGGCAUACUUAUGAUGCUACACGUCACAGAGCCAAUCGCUUCGAUGUCUAUAUUCCCGUACAUCAACCAGCUUAUCAAAGAGCUUGGAAUCACUGGAGGCGAUGAUGCGGCUGUAGGAUAUUAUGCUGGAAUAAUUGAAUCUCUGUUCUUUGUCAUGCAGUCUCUGACGGUGUUAAAGUGGAGCCGGUUGUCUGACCGCAUUGGACGCAAACCAGUAUUAUCGAUCGGACUACUGGGAACUUGUAUUUCGAUUCUAUGUUUCGGCCUCUCGACGACCUUCUGGAGCCUUGUGGUCAGCCGUUGCAUGUGUGGUGUGCUGAACGGCAACGUUGGAGUCUUGAAAACCAUGAUAGCGGAAUUGACAGACUCCACAAAUAUGGCUCAGGGAUUUUCCUUGAUGCAAGUUUUCUGGAGGGUUGGAACCUUUGUUGGCCCUUUAAUGGGAGGAAUAUUUGAGCAUCCACAAGAUAGCUGGCCCGGUCUAUUCGCCCCCUCAUUUUGGAGAAAAUAUCCAUACUUUCUGCCUUGUGCGGUAGCUGCUGGUUUUGUCGUCCUCGCCUAUUUGAUGCUGUUCUUUUUCUUGGAAGAAGUAGAUAUGCCCAUGCGAUCUUUGCUCACACCUACCAUUGUCAUCCCAAUCGCAAACUACGCCAUGAUUUCCAUCCUUGACAUUUCGUUCAGGACUCUGUCGCCACUGUUCUUUUCCACGCCUAUGCAUCUCGGUGGCCUUGGUCUUUCCCCUUCUUCUAUUGGCUUAUGGCUGGCGUUAUUUGGGAUUGCGGACGGUCUCUUACAGGCUCUGUUCUUCGCCAAAAUUGUCGAUUGGAUCGGCCCAAAGCGUCUAUUCUGUGUGGCAGUGUCGUGCUUCGCACCACUCAUGCUUAUGUUUCCAAUCAUGGGGAUAGUCGAUCAUGCAAUCACGUUUGCAUUGCUUGGCCAACUGGUUCUGACAGUUAUUUGGGGUUCUGCAUUUGGGUCUAUUUUUAUGUUCAUCACGGCUUCUGCUCCGGCAAAAAAUGUCCUUGGUGCUAUCAAUGGUCUUGGCCAGACCUCCGCGUCAGUGGCUCGUGCCAUUGGGCCCGCCUUAGCGACUUCGCUAUUUGCAUUUUCAAAAGAACACAAUCUUCUGAAUGGAAAUGCCGUAUUUUUCAUCUUUAUUGUGCUGGCUGGCGUAUUGAGGUGGCUGGCGUCACAGUUGCCAGAUGAGAUGCAAGUGAGGGACGAGUAA